UUGAAUUAUUAAAGAAAGAUUUAUGCAAAGAUAAAGUUCAUCUUCAGUAUCACGAUAUUGACUUUAUUUCUGGAGAACUUGAGCCAUUCAUGGGUGUUUUUAAGGACCUUUUUUCCAGUUACCCAAAAUCAUACUUUAGCAACGCCUUAUUCUUUCUAUCAAUAAUCAGCCACACAUUAUUUCCACACAUGUCUAAACUUAUCAUCAUGGACGCGGAUUUAAAGUUCAAAACGGACAUCAAGAAACUUUGGGACAAAUUUGAAGAUUUUUCGCCUCAAAACUUGAUAGGCAUCGCUCAUGAACUUCAACCUGUUUAUAAACACAUCAUGCAUCAGUACCUACGAGAUCACCCUCAUACCAAAGUAGGGGCUCCUCCCCCUGAUGGUAACCCUGGGUUUAACAGUGGAGUCAUGCUAUUGGACUUGGAACGAAUCAGAAAAUCUGUCCUGUACAAAUCAUAUCUUUCUGAUCCAACACUUUUGAGAAAACUUAGCGAGAAAUAUCGUUUCAAAGGACACUUAGGCGACCAGGAUUUUUACAGUCUCCUUAGUUUUGACCACCCAGAGUUGUUUUAUAUCCUAUCGUGUACAUGGAACAGACAGUUGUGUACAUGGUGGAGGGAUAAUGGAUACGAAGAGAUAUUUAAUUUGUACCAUAACUGCGAGGGGGAUAUAAAUGUAUACCAUGGUAACUGUGGUACUGAAAUUCCUGAUGAUUAGUUUGGUUUGUUAUUCAACACUUAUCUGCAGGGAAGCUGACCACCUUUCAUUAGAAGAGAGACGUCUGGCUUACCAUUUCAACCGCAGAGUAAUCAGGCUGAUAUUACGCUGAACUUGCUAGUCUGCCGUUAUUCUGGCAAAACAAAUGCAUGGCCACUACACGCUGUAUGAUUGAAUAGCCCUGCUGUUCAUUCCCAUGGUGUGGCCAAGGCAUCCUGGCGAUACGAUGACGUAAGAGGUUACAACAUAAUAACCUUGUCGUAUCUUAUUGUGGAUGAACUCCAUUACUUUUUGAAGCCUGUCUUCUGACCGCCUUAUCUUCUAUUUCUGCGGGCGUGUCGUAUUCUGUUUGUCAAACACACGCGUUGUCAAGGCGUUCCUCUUGUUUUGCUAAAUUCAGGAACUUAUUAUAUUAAGUUGUAUUCAAAAAUUUUUACUUAAAAGAAAAGCCAUUCUCUUUGUGCCAACGACACGUUCUUACGUGGAGUCAAUUGCAUUAUUUGCAAUGUAAAUUUAACCGGAUCUGAACGUUGCUUGCUUCUAUUCCUUCUAUUCGGAGCAGUUGUUUAAACUGGUGGAAAAUUAAAUCUGCUCCUUAAAGGCAGUUCGGCAAAUGAGUGCUGUAAAAUCACUCUCAAAGUGACUCAAACAUAUUUCUCCUCUUUUUCAAUCUAAAUGAAUACAAACCCUGGCAACAAACCAGCGUAUUUAGUAAAAUCUAUAAUAUAAAUUACAAUAAUUAUGUGUAUAAAUUAUAACACUCCUAUUUUGAAAUAUUUUCGAAAUUACUAUAAACUGACGCUUAUAAUUAUAGGAUAAAAAUAUCGAGGGUAAAAAACUGUUUAGUUGAGUGGAUGGUUUCAGUGGGAAUGUGUUAAAAUAAUAACAAUUGUGGUUUUAUUAUUACUAUUUUUAUUCUGAUAAUGGCCAAUCGUGGGAGUUUCAGGUAGUACAGCUGAUUAAGCAAGAUAAUAAGUUGCAAUGAAAAUUACUUUAUAAUACUUAAAUUAUGAUUAACGACAACUUUUAGCGCAAGCUACCACUCAGAUCAAUCGAAGACGUCUUUGUAGAUUUUGUUGUUCUAGCAAAAAAGAUCUCCCUUGAUGUCCACGCCAACACGAAGGCAACAGUCUACCAACGUCACAAAUUUAUUGCAAUAUGACGUUUAAUCGAUGUGUGGUAGAAUAUUCUGUAAUACUUCCUAUUAGCUAUGAACCUAUGAACUCUGCGGUCAACUCUACGUGUGCGCGCACUAGUGAGCCUCGCUUUCAUGAACAAGCUUUCCAAUGGAGCAGUAUACAUACUUGAGUAGGAGCUUAGACAGGCUUGAUUUACUGCCGGAUACUGUUUUGCUAUUAGUACAAUCUCGAAGAAAAUUAUAGACAUUUUCAUGCAAUGGCAAUGUUUGUCUAAAGAAUUUGUAAAAUAUUUUAUCAACUGGGCUGAUCAUUCUAGAAGGUCUUUAUGAAUUUAAGCAUAAUAGUGCUAUCACGGACACCUGCAUGUUUGAU